GGCUGCAUCGGGGGCCAUGGGGGCGGUCCGGGAGUUCCACUUGCCCCUCGUUCCCGCUGAUCUGCUGCGAGAGAGCAGCCCUGGGCAGUACACCGUGCAGGAGGUGCUGCCCGUCCGCGACCUGCCGCCCGCCCUUACAGCCUUCCGGACUGCCUUCCGGGCGCGGGGCGCGCUGGCAGUGCUGCAGCACUUCGAUCCCAUGUACAGCUUGCUGCACCAUUUCCAAGCUGUGGGGACUGCUGUCAAGGAGGAUGCCCUGGAGCUGAUGACGCGCGUGGUAUCCCAUCAUUCCAAUGAACUUCCUGCCAUCUUGGGUGAUUCUGGGCUGAGCCAUGCAGACCGUGUGGCUCAUCUCAAUGCUCUCAAGAUGAACUGCUACUUGCUGACUGGCUUGAUGGAUGCCUUUGAAAUGGAAACCUGCAAGAGUGGUUUGUUGGAGAAGAAGAACCGUCCCAAGACCUCUGGAUCCUUAUGGGAAGAGGAGAGGGAACCGGUCUUACGGCUGCUCACACAGCUGCUGCAGCUGGAUCUCCGUCAGCUUUGGGGUGGUUUCGUGGUGGAAGAAGAAUUUGUCAGCUUAAUGACAGGAAGCUCCUACCGUAUCCUAGAGAAUCCAGGUAUCGGUCUUCAGAAGUACCGGGCCACACGGGAGGCUGUGACACAUCUGCUUGCUGCAGCUCUGGUUCACUAUGAUCACAUGUUCAAUGCCACUCUGAAGAUCACACAGAUGCUGCAGCACUUUGAGCAUGUAGCCCCAGUGUUUGCACAGGCAGUAAGCCUCUGGGUUAAAGAGUACGGUCUGAAAAGCCUAGUGGGUGAAUUGCUAAGGGAAGUGGGACAGAAAUGUCCUCAGGAUCUGGCUCAUGAUGCUUCUGUGAUCAAGGGUUAUGCUGUCUUUAUAACUGAACUGGCUGAACAGAUUCCAGCUCUGGUGCUAUCAAACAUGAGUGUUCUCCUGCGUCACUUGGAUGGAGAGAGUUACAUGAUGCGAAAUGCCAUUCUGGCAGCUAUGGCAGAAGUGCUGGUGCAGGUGCUGAAUGGUGACCAGCUGGAGGAAGCUGCCCGUGGUACUCGGGACCAGUUCCUGACCAUGCUGCAGGCCCAUGUCUGUGAUAUCAACAGCUUUGUACGCAGUCGAGUGCUGCAGCUCUUCACUCGAAUCGUUCAGUGCAAGGCCCUGCCUCUGACUCAGUUCCAGUCUGUGGUAUCGCUGGCUGUUGAGCGUCUUAAAGACAAAGCUGUGGUAGUAGUUAAAAAUGCGAUCCAGCUCCUGAUUGCGUUUUUGUCCAACAAUCCCUUCUCCUGCAAGCUAAGCUGUACAGAUUUGAGUGAGCCACUGAAAAAAGAAGUGCAGAAGCUGCAAGAAAUGAGGGAUCGUAACAGAUCCGCAGCAGGUCCAGUGAUCACCCCAGAGGAAGAGUGGGAAGCAAUGCUGCCAGAAGUUAGGGCUGCCAUACAACAGCUCUUCCAACCACUGCAGGAAGAGGAAGAGGAGGUGCUGGAAGUUGAGGAAACAGUGGAGAGUACGUUGAAGCAAAUCACUGGGCUGCUGAGGAAGCUGAAUUACAAGAGUGCAGCCCGCCUUACACGGAAGGCCCUGGGUCACUUCCAGGGGAAGGAGCCCUUCAGCAGCCUCAUGGAGGAAAAUGAGGAGGCAACCAUCCUGGGUGUUCUGAAGAGACUUUACACAGGUUCGUGCCCAGGUGAGAACAGUGAGGAUCCUCCACAUGGCAACAGUGGUCUUGAGAAUGAAGAAGCUGUACCAGAAGAGCAGCCUCAAACAGAGCUGAUCAAACAGGAGAUGCUGGUGCAAUACCUGCAAGAUGCUUACAACUUCUCAGUGAAAAUCACAGAAGCCCUGAGCCUGAUCAGCAAGUUGAUGUAUGAAAACUGUGUCUCAGUGGUGCAGGAAGCCAUUGAGUUCUUUGUGACAGUCUCGCAGUUUAGUGUGUCUGAAGCACUGUCUGGAGUUCGCAGAAUGCUCCCCCUCAUAUGGUCAAAAGAGCCUGGAAUCAGGGAAGCUGUGCUGAACGCCUACAGGCGGCUCUACCUGAGCCCCAGCAAGGGUUCAGAGAGGUAUGACUCUUUGGCCAGGGUCCAGCACCUGGUGCGUUCUCUCUCUCUCAUCAUGGUGGAUGCAUCGCUAGGAACAGUACAGUGCUUAGAAGAAAUAAUCUCGGAGUUUGUGCAGAAAGAUGAAAUCGAGCCUGCUGUGAUCCAGCUGCUUUGGGAGCAGUUCACAGGAAAAUCUCAGUGCUCCUCACUGGAGCGACGUGCUGCUGUGAUGCUGCUGGGGAUGAUGGCACAAGGGAAUCCAGAGAUUGUAGGUAGCAACCUGGAUGUUUUGGUGACAGUAGGGCUGUCUGAGAAGGGAUGUGAAGACUAUCGCCUGGCUAAAGAAGUAUGCAAUGCUAUCUCCAAACUUGCCAGGAACACCAAGCAAGCACUGGGGAAGAACAGUACACCUUUUCGACUGCCACAGAACCACAUGCUCUUUGGCUGCCUGAGUGAGACUGUGAUUAAAGGCUUUGCUCAGCCAAGUUGCCACUGGAUCCCCUUCAUGGAGGCAGCAGUAACACUCAUCUAUCAGCUAGCAGAAGGGGCAGAGGAGAUAUGUGCUCACGUUCUGCAGGCGUGCAGUCAGCAAGCUCUGGAGAAACUGAAGGAGGAUGAUGGGCAGAAAGCUGAUUCAGGGGAUUCUCCCAGCAGAGUCUCUGAUGGUGCUAGCAGUCUCCCCACAUUCCUGUUGAUGCACCUGGUGUCCCUUGUGGGGCAGGUGGCACUGCAGCAGGUAGCAUAUUUGGAAGUGUCAGUGAGCACAGAGCUACGCAGACGCCGUAUGCUCAGAGACGAGGAGAAGGCCAAGAACCAUUCUGACAGAAGCACGAAGAAGCAGAGACCCCAGAGCACAGGAAAUGAGACCACUAUGGAGGAGGAACUGGGCCUUGUGGGAGCCACAGCUGAUGACACUGAGGCUGAACUCAUCCGCAGUAUUUGUGAGACAGAGCUUCUAGAUGGGAAGCAUCUGUUGUUUGCCUUUGUUCCACUGGUGCUCAAGAUCUGCAACAACCCUGGGCUCUACAGCGAUGCAGGGCUCUCAGCUGCUGCAGCCCUCGCUCUUGGCAAAGUCUGCAUGAUCAGCUCCGAGUUCUGUGACUCCCACUUGCGCCUGCUGUUCACUAUGAUGGAGAAGUCCAGUCUGCCUGGUGUGAGAUCCAACCUCCUUAUUGCAGCAGGAGAUCUGGCCAUCCGUUUCCCCAACCUGGUGGAGCCUUGGACAUCACAUCUCUAUGCCAGGCUGCGGGACCCCUGCCCAAGAGUGAGGAAGAUGGCUGCACUGGUGAUGACUCACCUCAUCCUCAAAGACAUGGUAAAGGUGAAGGGUCAAGUGAGCGAGUUGGCAGCUCUGCUUAUAGACCCAGAGGAGGCAAUCAUGGAAGUGGCUCAGAACUUUUUCACUGAACUCUCCAAGAAGGCAAGUGCAUGCUCGGGGACCUUACUUCACAAGAGUGGGGAAAGGCUGGUGGAGGCUGGGCCAAUCACACAAGACUUGAGUAUUGGAGAAAGGUGUUGCAGUGGUGUAUAGCAGCUGGCUGGCUGUCCUGCACUGCCUAAAUGAGGAGAGAGAAAAUAAACUGCAACAUGAGUUUUGUUUCAACCCUGAUGUUGCUGAAUUUGACCUCAUCUGUUCACAUUGAAAGCAGGCUCUAGACCAGUGUGUUGUCCGUUUGCUUUCUUGUGUAUGCCUAGCACAGGGUUGGGAACAGUUUUCUGCAGCUUACCUUUAGGCCUUACAACAGAGUUCCCUGACCUUAUGGCUCAGGCAGUGCACCAUCUCUGAAACCCUUCAAAGUUGAUUGUGUGACAUCAAGAUACUUAAAUUGAAGUAGCUACAGCCCAAGCAGAUAAGAACAGUAGCAGAGUUAACCCCUCUAUGCUGUUCAUUCAACAUAAAGGCUGCUGUGGCCCCCUCAGAGUUUGAGAUCUACUGCCUGAGAAGCUGCAAUGAUACUGGGAUAUUACUGUCUUGGCUUGAUGAGUUAAAAGCAGAGCUGGCCCCCUGGCUGCACUGCCUUCCGAUCCCUGCAGCGAUGACAGAUUUAUAUGACAAAACCAUGUAAAAGCAUUGGCAAAGGGAAUCUGGAUUGGGCUGUUUCAGGCAAGAUGGAAGGCAGCUCCUUGGGCUCAACUGCUCUGUAAGUUUCCUUUAUGAGAAAGCUUUUUGGUUGGGUUGCAACAAGGUUGGAAAGCGAAGAAACUGCAUCCAGGUCUGCCAAAGAGCAGAGCAGUUGCACAACAAGGGUUGCAGUUGUUAUCUUGUUGAUUUGUUGUUUUUUCACCCCUUAACUUUGGCCAAGUAGUCCUGGAUAGGUUUGGCUGGCUGUGUACAGUUUGUUUCAAAAAGCUGAUGCUUUCAGACAGUAGAUUUAAGGUGGGAAGAGGUAAUUUUAAGUGGGCAGCUUAUUUGGCUCGACUUUAGCUGUCCUUCAUAAUUCUAUAUCAUGUAGAACCUUGUAUUCUGCACAGGGUAAUGCCAUCUAUAACCUGCUUCCAGACAUAAUCAGUCAUCUCUCAGAUCCUAACUGCAGCAUAGAAGAGGAAU